UGAAAGUUGAAAAGCCUCUCGAGCCCUCGACUCCUGUCACGAUAAGUUGAGAGCAGAGCCUGCUUAAUCCCUAGCUGCAAUAACCCGUACCAAUUUACUGACUCUGGUCGAUCAUUCCCGGGCACGAUGGAUCCAGCACAACUGCCUCCGUGGGAUCUUUCCCCCGGCGUCACCUCUCGCUAUGUUGACACUUCACCCGUAGGAUUGAAGUUCCAUAUUCUCGAGUCUCUCCCAAAGGAUUCUCCAACCAAGACCCUCCCGCCCCUGAUCCUGCUUCUUCACGGCUUCCCAAACCUAUCCUUCGACUGGUCUGCUGUCAUGCCGAAGCUCGCCGCAGCCGGAUACUACGCAGUGGCUCCCGACAUGAGAGGCUUCGGUCGGACCCAUAACGCCAACCUCAGUCCGAUCAGCGAAGAAACCAUCCGUCCUCUCACCGCGUUGCGAGAUGUGGUGACUCUGGUCCACGCACUCGGCUACGAGACCAUUCACACUCUCAUCGGGCACGACCUAGGGGCGUUCGUGGCUUCCAUGUGCGCUAUCACGCGGCCAGAUAUGAUCAAGUCUUUGGUCCUGAUGGCGCAUCCGUUCAAGGGAUCUCCACAACUACCCUUGGGAACGGGAGCAGCGCCGCAAUUAGCUUCUUUGCUUCGACCGAAAUAUGAGGAUGGGGGUAAGGUGAUCCAAAAUGACAAUGAUAUACAAUCCUCACUCUUGAGGCUCGACCCACCAAGAAAGCAUUACAAGUAUUACAACGCUUCGUCAGGAGCAGUCGACGAAUGGACUCAUCCCACAGGCCAGCCCAUGCACGAGUUCCUCCGGGGGUACUUCCAUCUCAAAUCCGCAGACUACAGUCUGAACAAGCCUCGACCCCUCGAAUCCUGGACCGCGCAAGAGAUCUCCGUCAUGCCACACUACUAUGUCAUGAGAGCCAACCUAUCGAUGCGCGGAAACAUCGAGCUGGACAUGGCACAAGAGUCGGCCGACGUACGAGCCAAGCUCAGUGAAACACCAUGGCUCACCGACGCGGAACUACAAGUAUAUGUGGACGAAUACUCCCGAAACACGUUCCGACUCUCUUUGUUGUGGUACAAAGUUCUCAUAGACCCGGCCCUGUCCGCAGACCUCCUCUGUUUUGCGGGAACAAAGCUCGCGAUCCCGACAAAGUACGUCUCUGGGACACAUGACUGGGGUACGUACCAGGUUCCUGGUGCUCUCGAGGCCAUGAAUAGCGGUGAGAGCGUUCGAUCUGAUUGCUGGAGGGGGUCCGUCAUCAUUCCCGGGGCGGGCCACUGGGUCAACAUUGAGAAAUCUGAGGAGACGGCACAAGAGAUACUCAAACUGGCCGGGUCACUAUAGCCGUAAGGCAUGGCUUUCCUUGGGAAAUUGUUGUCCUAGAGUCUUUGUCGGGAUUAUAAUGGGCUUGUUUGCAACAGUACGAUUACUUUGUAUGAUUUUUUUGAGGUUUGAACGAGUCUCAUCGUCUACUAUACAAUGAGCCUGUGGAUUUGAGGCGGGUAAUUUGGUUCAUAAAGCGUUAGCAGGCCGGGGAACAGAAGUCAAACUACUUAAUGUGUGAGGGUUUCUUACUGUCCUAAUAUUAUAUCUACGAAGUAGUCUUACUCUCAAGUUGCUCUCUUUCCCACCCUCGUGGUGAGAGACAUGCCUUGAAGCAGUUCUCAGCUUCGAUGAUGGAGCGGAAUGUAACCAGUGUGAUAGAUGCCCAACUAUCUCCCACAUGGACCUCCUUGUUUAUACCUGACCGUUUGCAC